AUGGCCAGUGGAGGUUAUCCCGGCCUCAUGGUGACGGCCCUCACAGCUACUGGAGUCCCACGCUGGUCCCAAACCAAUCACCUGGACUGGCAAAUGCUGCCUGAAGAACAGCCCACCAGAAGAUCUGGACAGACAGACAUAAAUGCUGACACGGAGGAGACUACUC